AGCGUAAGUUUUCCGUUUCCGUGUCAAGAAAGAAAAGUUUCUAAGGUAAGCAAAGAGCCCACAAAACAUGGCAACAAGAUCCGCACUGAGCCGACUCAGCUUAAUCACUAUUCGCUCGAUGAAGUCAACUCGUGGAGCUACUCGCUACUUCAGUGAUGGCAAAGGUCGAGUUCUGAGCGAAGAGGAACGCGCUGCUGAAAACGUUUAUAUUCAGAAAAUGGAGAGGGAAAGGUUGGAGAAACUGAAGCUAAAGCAGGAGAAGGAGAAGGCAGAGAAAGAGAAACAGGGUGCUGACAAGAGAAUUGAAGGGAGCCAGAAAGCCUGAUGGGGGAUCAUCUGCACCAGAUAAUGAUGAUCUUGCUGUGGUAAUAGGCAUGUAAAAUAAUGACUCUCUAGGGAGAUGUAGUGGUUGCACAGAGUUGUCUUUGGAAUACUUUUGAACAGCUAUAAACAUAACCAUGUUCUUCUAUGUAGCUCUGCAUCUGUUGAUAGUUUUCCUAUCCUAACUUUGAAUGAUCUUGAUCCAGAGUUCGUUUUA